GUCACAUUAAAGUCCACAAGUGUUUCAUAGUUGACAGUGUGUAGAUUUAUUAUAGGAAACUGAUCUGUACCGCUGCUAUAAAUCCGUCAAAUCACAUUGUAGGAACUACAGAUGACGACUGAAAUAUUGGGCUUUGCAAUUUUCGUUUUCUGUCUACAAGCACAGAUUGGAUGUUCCCAACCCCUUGGUAUCAAUCGUGACGAUGAGCGAUGCAUAGCGGAGGGUUACACGCUCAAUCUAAAAUCGUAUUUGAAAGAUCAAUUAAGCGAUUUGGAAAAAAGACUGAAAGAAGAUUUUUCAAAUAAUAUCCAAAAUCUCGAAACACAGAUAAAACGACUUACAAAUUGUCCUCGGGGCUGGAACAAACAUGGCAGAUCUUGUUAUAAGUUAAACACACAAAAAUCAACAUGGAAAACUGCUGAUCAAUUCUGCCGACGUUUGUCAGGAAAACUAGCUGAAAUUGGCACAAAGGAUGAAAACGACUUUAUAAAAAAUCUCAUUAACAAUAACCCAGGAACAGCACGGGCCUGGAUAGGUGGGGAAGACACGGCAGAGGAAGGUACAUGGAUCUGGACUUUUUCAGAAAUACCGUUGAGCUUUAAGAACUGGAACAAGGGCGAACCCAAUGACAGAAAAGGAAAGGAAGGCUGUUUGGAAAUACUGGGAGUACUCAACGGACUCUGGAAUGACUUACCAUGCUCAAAUUCAUCAGUGUCUGUUUGUGAAAAAGACUUGUAUGAAUUGAAAGCUUUACUUCCUGGUCCAGAGUGGAGUCAUGGUUUGAAUUUAUAUAGGAAACAUCUUCAUGCAGGAAUUUUUAUCUGUACGCUUCAGGUAAUAACUCAUAAGCUUUUAAGAUCACUGCCUUGUAAUAAUCUGAACUCUCAGUUAUGGCCAGCGUCCAGUAAACAUCGGCUGCUUUGCCAGUCAAAACACUUAGUGACGAAGUGGACCAAGCAUAUCACGAUCAUUUCAGCACAGCUAAACUAAUUCAACGCAUUUUUUACGGUAUCGAGUACAUGAACAUUCGGCGAGUCAAGAAGAUAUGUGACGGAAAACAUGGUCAUUGCUGCUGUCUGUGAAAUUCAAUAAUUCAGAAAAAGUGAAAUACAAAUCUUGAAAAAUG